CGCGCUUUCCGGGUCGAAAAAGACUGUACGCAUGGUAGGCUGUCUCGUUCUGUCUUUUCUCCACGAAAGACAAGUAUCGUUGAUUCGUUGACCCGGAUUGCUCAAACCCUGCGGACCACGCGCUCCGUGGCUGAAUUGUCGCGAGAGCACGACCUGGACAAUGGCAGUUUGUACUGGGGCAAGCGUUUUAUCUCGCGGCGCUUGCUUCGCAGUGAUGUCCAGUCCGUGCGGUCAACGAAUUAACUAUAUCUGGGAUUGAGUGAGUUCAUCGAUGAAGGAGAAAUCAGCUAUUAGAUACAAAGUCUUUGCCAGGAUAAGCUUGAUUCAAUUUAUACAUCCACUCUGACAUCGUACUACAAUGAGAGUCUGGGCAGAAAGAAGUUGAACUGCUGCAUCUUGAAAGUGGAUUGUUGAUGGAAGAAGAAAGGUGAAUAAGUAGAAUCUGUAGAGAGUAUACAUACAUAGGUACAUACAGUCGAGUA